AUGGCUACCCUUACACCUCAAGCUGCUCCCUUUCGCUUUCUUGACCUACCUUUUGAUAUCCGGGAAUCCGUCUACUUCACUCUGCUUGCCCUUCACGAUCCUGCACCGUCAGAUCCGAAAGUGCAGCCCCGCUACGGCAUCCCCGCGGUCAACAGCCGCAACAAGCCAUUUAUAUACGCCCUUCUUGCACACCCUCAGCCCAGGAUUGCCAACCUCCUACUCGCGAACCGCCAAAUACAUGCUGAACUCAUCUCCGUCGUCGAGAGAUGCUCACGACCCUCCUCGGGCGGUAUCUCGUAUACGCUAGACAUCUUCGCGUCUGAAACCUCUAUCUACCCCACCUGGGUAGCAUUCCCCGCUCCGCUACGAUAUCUAUCUCACGUCGACAUCAUCUUUCGGAUGGAUUGUUGGACCGGUAGACCUUCGCCUCUUGGAUUCGGAAAUGACAAGGCGUUCAGUCUCCUCGAGUCACUCGUGCAGCUCCUGUCGGAGUUCCUCGUCUACGGUCCUUCAUUCAUUCCUGUCAAACCUUUCGACUUCCGACUCGCUCAAUCGCCCAGAGUUCUUGAUGACCUGUCAAUCGAAUUCUUACGAGAAAUACCUGUCGGAGGGAGUCGUUUCAGCAUGGCACGAUUACUCGAUUCAGCCGAACCAAACGUAGAGUGCAAGCAGAGCCACGCAAUGGAAGGACUAGACAGGAAUGAUGGACUAGAUCAUGCAAUCGCAGAUGUCGAUGGGAUCCUUUCGAGGUUCGCGGAAAGUGGGCUAUUGUGGGGUCGGGUGAAGAAGUUCAAGUUCAGGUUCGAAGAUUGGGAGAAGGAGUGGGACGUGGUGGAGCGUGAACCGGAGGAAGUGAGGAAGGUGGCGGAGGAAAUGGCGGAGAUUGGAUGGGGGAGUAUGGCAAAUUUGAUGGGAGAAACCUCGAUGAUGGACAUGUUUCCUGAGCUAGUUUCGAACGUCUUGACAUGACGCAGGGAACGUAUAUGUUUCGGACUACAAUCUAUCCGCAGAGCCACUGUUUGAGCACGGGUACAGUUUAUAGCGCGCGUGCGUCUUCGUGAAUCUUUCACCCCUUCAAUUCCUUCGUAUACCCAUUCUUCCACGUUACUUGGGCUGUUUUAUUUAUGUAAACAGAUAAACUUGUAGUAGGUGUAUGAUCUUAUC